AUGAAGGCGAAGCUCCUGAUCGGUCUGCUGACGUUGCGACUGGUGUUCCAUGCAGCGGCACAUCCGCAUGCAGGCCACCGUCGCCAUGUUCAGCGGGACGGCAAUCCGCUCGACCCCGUCAUCGUCUGGGUCGAUAAAGCCGGCCAGAUCGUCCAUGUCGAGGACGAUAAACACCAGACGCCUAAUGCUGCGCAGGAACCCACUGAUCUCUCCCUCCCCCUCCCCCUCCCAGCCGCCAACGACCUCCUCUCCCACCUCCCCAUCCAAGUUCCCGACCUAACACCUGAGCCUGGUCCCCCUGCCCCCGCUGGGCCCCCGCCCCGUCGCUUCGGCAUCUCCUACUCCCCCUACAACAGCGACAGCACGUGCAAAACCCCGGCCCAGAUCGACGCCGACGUCGCCCGCCUCACCCACCACGCCUUCAUCCGCAUCUACGGCGUCGACUGCGACCAAACGCGCCUCGUCACGCAAGCCGCCAAAACGCACGGCAUGCGCGUCUUCGCCGGCGUCUUCGACCUCCCCAACCUCCCCGCCUCCCUCGACGCCAUCACCGCCGCCGCCGCAGGCGACUGGGCCCCCUUCCACACCAUCUCCAUCGGCAACGAGCUGGUGAACCGCGGCGCCAGCACGCCCGCCGACGUCGUCGCCGCGCUGCACACCGCGCGCGCCGCCCUCCGCGCCGCCGGCUACCAGGGGCCCGUGGUGACCGUCGACACGUUCGCGGCGCUGCAGCGGCACCCGGAGCUCUGUGCGGCGUCGGACUACUGCGCUGCGAACUGCCAUGCGUUCUUUGAUGAGGGGAUGACGCCCGAGCGCGCGGGCGAGUAUGCGAUGGAGCAGGCGCGGCGGGUGUCGGAGGCGGCCGGCGGCAAGCGGACGGUGAUUGCGGAGUCGGGGUGGCCGCAUGCGGGGCGCGCGAAUGGGCGCGCGGUGCCGUCCAAGGAGAACCAACGGGUGGCGGUGGAGAGUCUGAGGAGGGUGUUUGCGGGGGAGCCGGAUUUGGUGCUGUUCAGUGCGUUUGAUGAUUUGUGGAAGACGGAUGGGGAGGGGACGUUUGAUGCGGAGAAGUUCUGGGGCAUUCAGGAGUAG